CCUUUGCACGAGAUAAUCAGCACGCGCGAGCUCCUUUCAGCCAGCUGGGUCAACAACAACACCGCUGGACGCUUUUCUCCUCACAUUUGUGCAGCUCGGGUCGGGAGUUGGGACCGCUAAAACAUCUCCGUCCGAAAGGGAAACGAGGAGAGGGAGCCGCGAGAGAGAGAGAGAGGACAUGAACGGAAGGGAGGCAGAAAUCACAGACGAGCCAAGCUGUACACACGCGUAACGCUAUUUUUGGGCGUGCAGAGGGGAACCAACCAAAGUGACGUUAACGGGAUAAAUGUAAACACUGAUAUAUAUUUUGUUCCUUGGACAUGUUUUCGCUGCUGGAGAGCGUUGUUUAGACUGGAAAAAGGGUGACCCCGGCGUUGUGGAAAGACUGCUCUGUGUAUUAUCUCCUUUUCUUUAUUGUUUGCUGUGGAAAUUACGGGAAGUUCUUGUUUUUAACUUAGGAGGAAACGUUAAAUGCAAAUGCGGUAGGUAGGUAGGUUGGUAGGUAGGAGACUCCGGACUUCGUUUCAACAACUCAACAGACUUGAAACGCUGUUUUUUUUUUCUAUUCGUUGUAUAGUAGCUGUUUGGUUCACUGAAAUGUGAGACACCAGUGAAGUCGCUACAUGACAAACCGCUGCGCCCAGCUGUUUUAUUAACCACUACUGUAACCCUUCAUUCACGCCGUUUGGAUUGGAUAUGCGAAGCAAACUUUUUAAGAAUGAAGAGAAGAAAAUUCCCAUAGCACGUCUCUGUUGUCUGGUUCCAUCGCCGCCGUCCGCUGAGCUGGAUCUGUGUUAUUAUUUUAGUCUUUUCCAAGCCUUCAUUUCCAUGUUGUGGAGACAGGAGAGCUGACAUGCGUCUGGGAUGGGGAUAUAGUGCGGUAACAUACAGUUGCGUAAUUGCUUGAUUGAUUAACGAGGUGAUAGUGAAUGAUUAAGACGCCAGGCGCAGGUAGGGGAACCGAGCAAAGUGCCUGCUUGUGUGCCGUGAACCGCUGCUUUCAGCCCGCUGUGAACCAGCUGGAGGACUCGGUUACUUUGUGUGGAGCAGUCCCCGGAGCCGAUAUGGAGGAGUGGAGACAAUGCGGGCGGUGGUUGAUAGACUGCAAGGUCCUGCCCCCGAACCACCGGGUCGUGUGGCCCUCGGCGGCCGUCUUCGACUUGGCACAGGCCCUGCGAGACGGGGUGCUCUUGUGCCAGAUGUUGCACAACCUCUCGCCGGGAUCAGUGGACCUGAAGGAGAUCAAUUUCAGACCCCAGAUGUCACAGUUCCUGUGUUUGAAGAACAUACGGACAUUUCUCAAGGUGUGCCACGACAAGUUUGGGCUGCGCAACAGUGAGCUGUUUGACCCUUUUGACCUCUUCGAUGUCAGGGACUUCGGCAAGGUAAUCUCUGCUCUGUCAAGGAUCUCCCACCACAGCAUCGCACAAAUCAAAGGCAUCAGGCCCUUUCCGUCAGAGGACACAGCUCUGAAUGAGGAUGAUGUGUACCGGAGUCUCGAAGAGCUGGCAGAUGAGCAUGACUUGGGUGAGGAUGACAUCUACGACUGUGUGCCGUGUGAGGACGAUGGGGACGACAUCUAUGAGGACAUCAUUAAGGUGGAAGUACGACAACCCAUGAAAAUGGGCAUGACAGAAGAUGACAAGAGAAACUGCUGUUUAGUGGAGAUCCAGGAGACUGAAGCAAAGUACUACAAGACUUUAGAGGACAUUGAGAAGAAUUACAUGAUCCCGCUAAAGCAAGUGAUGAGUCCACAGGACAUGGAGGCUAUCUUUGUCAAUCUUGAGGAUGUUAUCAAAGUCCACUUUGCCCUCCUGAGAGCCAUCGACCUGAACAUGGUCAGCGGAGGAAGCGGCCUGGGGAAGAUCUUCCUCGACUUCAAGGAGAGGUUGUUGAUCUACGGUCAGUACUGCAGCCACAUGGAGAACGCCCAGAAGACACUGGAUGAGCUAAUAGCAACACGAGAGGACGUCAAGAUUAAAGUAGAGGAAUGUACUAUGAAAGUACAGGAAGGGAAAUUCAAGCUGCAGGAUCUUCUGGUGGUUCCCAUGCAGAGGGUGCUGAAGUACCACCUACUACUGAAGGAACUUUUAAGUCACUCAGCAGACCGACCAGAGAGACAACAGCUCAAGGAGGCUCUGGAGGCGAUGCAGGACCUGGCCAUGUACAUCAACGAAGUCAAGAGGGACAACGAGACGCUGAAGAAAAUCAGCGAAUUCCAAAGUUCAAUAGAAAAUCUUCAGCAGGUGAAACUGGAGGAGUACGGGAGGCCAAAGAUUGAUGGAGAACUAAAAGUUUGCUCCAUCGUCAACCGAACAAAACAGGACCGGUAUAUAUUCCUGUUUGAUAAAGUGGUCAUUGUCUGCAAGAGGAAAGGCUACAGCUAUGAGCUCAAAGAGAUCAUUGAGCUGCAGUCGUAUAAAAUGUCCGACGACCCCAUGAACAACAGAGACAUGAAGAAGUCAAGUGGAAAAAUGUGGUCGUACGGUUUCUACCUGAUCCACCUGCAAGGGAAGCAGGGCUUCCAGUUCUUUUGUAAAACUGAGGAGACGAAAAGGAAGUGGAUGGAGCAGUUUGAAAUGGCCAUGUCCAACAUCAAGCCAGAGAGAGCCACAGCCAAUCAGCAUAACUUCCAAAUGCACACAUUCGAUAAGAACACCAACUGUCGAGCCUGCAAGAUGCUCUUGAGGGGUAUCUUCUAUCAAGGCUACUACUGCUCUCGCUGUGGAACAGGAGCACACAAAGAGUGUUUGGAAGUCAUCACCAUCUGUAAAAUCAAUCCUCACGACUUGGAACCUGGAAUGUCAUCAGGUCCCAAGAUGGUGGCGGUGAGGAACUACCAUGGCACACCAACACCUCCAGGGAAAACACCACUCUGUUUCCAAACUGGAGAUUUUAUCGAGCUGCUGAAGGGAGAUCCUGACACAUCGUGGUGGGAGGGAAAGCUGAUCCAAACACAAAAGAGCGGCUUCUUCCCCAGUUCAUGUGUAAAACCCUGUUUGGACCCAAAGCCCUUCCAGUCAUUAUCCAGCCGGCAGCCCUCAAGGGAAUCAGACUACUAUGGAUAUCCUUGGUUUGCAGGGAACAUGGAGCGCCAGCAGGCAGAUAACCUUUUAAAAUCCCACAGCAGUGGGACCUACCUUAUCAGAGAGAGGACAGCUGAGGCCGAGAGGUUCGCCAUCAGCAUCAAAUUCAAUGAUGAAGUAAAACACAUUAAAGUCAUUGAAAAGGACAGCUGGAUCCACAUCACUGAGGCCAAGAAGUUUGAGAGUCUUCUGGAGCUGGUAGAGUACUAUCAGGCCCAUUCACUGAAAGAAAGCUUCAAGUUGUUAGACACCACACUGCGAUACCCGUACAAGUCAAGAGAACGCUCGCUAACACGGGCCAGCACACGCUCACCAGCAGCCACCUGCGCCUCCUACAACUUCUCCUUCCUCAGUCCGCAGGGCCUCAACUUCUCCUCUUCUCAGAGCCCAGCUCCCUUUUGGUCAGUGUUCACUCCUCGGGUGGUCAGCACGGCGGUGGCCAGGUAUAACUUUGCAGCGAGAGACAUGAGGGAGCUGUCAUUGCGAGAAGGAGACAUUGUCAAAAUCUACAGCAAAAUCGGUGGGGACCAGGGCUGGUGGAAAGGAGAGGCCAACGGACGAAUUGGAUGGUUUCCAUCAACGUACGUGGAUGAAGAAGGAGUGCAGUAAGGCUUGGCUGUUUGCUGGCCUGGCUCCCUUUAAAUCAGGAACCAUCUUCUAUCUGCUGUUCUCAGAGAAAAUUAGUCUCUCUCUCUCUCUCUCCAGGAAAAUAACACAAGGAAAAAAAAAAAUCUUUUUUGUUGUUUCUGCUGGAUGCUCAUUUUUCAGCCAGUGUUUCUACCCCGUUUCUCUAUCUUCAAUUAUGCAUCAGCUUUGCUUAUGUUUGUACAUUUUUUUAAUUAUUUUUUUGCAGGAUGUCCUGUUUAAUUUCUGUACAGGAAAGAAGAAAAAAAACUGUCUUGUUGUCUCUCAGCCACUGUGUGCUCUGCAGAGGCUCUAUUGAACUGAGGACACAGCAGAAACAGACUGUGGAUAGCUUUACUUUGAAAAAGGCUCCCUUUUGUUGCAGGUUUAUGCGAGGUGAAAUAAUUGUACAGUAUAGAUAAUUUAUUGAAGAGAUUAUUAUCAUUACUAAUGAUUAUUGUGGGGAAGUUGGUAUUAGCAGCAGCAGCAAGGAAUCAGACUAAAGAAACUAAAAAAGAAAGAAAGAAAGAAAAAAAAAAGACAGAUGCUCUGUUUUCAUGUUGAGAGAUUUUGCCUUAGUUGUCAUGGUGAUGCCUUGUGGGCUGACACCAGUGGAGGGAAUCGACUUUGUUGACUGGUUUUGCUUCUCCAUGUAUGCAUGUGCCCAUGUGCGGCCCACACAAACUCACACACACACACACACAGAGACCAAUGUACAGUACGGUGCCUUUGAAGAAUGGUCGUUGCUUACUGAACCUCAACAUCGGCCAGUAAAGAACAUUGCCAUCCCCAAAAAGACAGUUGGUCCACAUCCAGAGGACUUCACUAACGGAAGGGAGAGGCACUUCUACUAAAUACUGGGGACGCCUUCUGAGCCAUCAAAAACAAGAUGGUGAAGCAUUUAACUUAUCGUGACUGGACGGACUCACAGAGACAGUCGAGACAACAUUUGCAUACACUGUUCACAUCAGCGUCACGAGUCAACGGGUGCAAUCAGCUGGAUGCAAAAGGGAAACAUCGAGACAUUCCACUGGAGAACCACUUCACACUUUUAAAUAUUGUGUUUGGUUUUUGUUUUUGUUUUUGCACACAGAAUCAAGAUUAUUUUUUAAGUUUUGAGAACUGGACCAUUUAUUAUUUGAAGCCAAACUCAGCCAUGUUUUAAUGUCUGCAUGGAGUUUGUUUGAUUAUGAUUUUUGUACCUUGCCUUAUUUUGACAGCUGAUUUUUUUUUUUUUUUUUAAUGUUAAUCAUUUUUCAUGUGUGAAAUUUGGAAACUGGUGAAAAUUGAACUGUGUCAAAAGAUUUUUAAUCUGAAGGAAAAUGUAUGUGCUAAUUGAUAUGAGCCCUUAAUCAUUUUGUGAUUCUCUCGGGCUGCAGGUGCUCAGUGUUUCCAUUUAUUUCCUAAUGCCAUGAACGCAGACUUACAGCCAUUUAGACUGUUUUGUGUCGGCAUGAAGCUUUCAUCAAUGUUUUUAUUGAGAGCACAGAUGUACCAGACAGCUUUCUUAUUCUAGUCACCCAUAUAUUCAGACAUUUAUUGACCUUGUCAGCUUUAAAAGGAUAAUUCAAAUGUGUUUACAUUUAAUUUGAUGUUCAGGAUAUUGACUAACUCUGUUUAUAUGGCCUUUCUUUUCACCUUCAUAUCUUCCACCUACGUAUUGUUAGGUAAUAAAUGAAGACCUACCUUUUUUUCUAAAAAAUAAAAAUAAAAAAAACGUCAUUAAAACAAUUCAGAAGUAGUGCAAACACUGAGCACAUCAGCUCUGGCUGCUUCACAAAGACUUAACGGAGCAGAACAUGCUAAUAUGUUUAGUUUCUAAACUUUUGACUGUCUAUGAUGUGUGUUAUUGCAAAGGCUGACCACCCCGAAAAACACAAAGUCCUACCACUGUGUGAGGGGGACACAUAGGAGGCCUCUAUGUUGUCUAGAAUGAGGGGAGGGAUCUAGUCGCUGUUUAUGUAGUGGACAAAAUCCCAUUGCAUGUGGCUAUUGAUAUUUCAAACUCCUGUCAAUACGUCCUUGAAAAAAAUAAGUACUUAAUCGUGUACAUUUUUUUGAAUGGUUGAGUAUUUCCAAAUGAGGUCUAUCAUGAAAUAAAUAUUUCUCUUUGGUUUAAA